CAACAUUGACACAUGACGCGAUCGGUUUGGAACUACAUGGGCGGAAGGGCACAGGUGUAAUUGGUCGAUUUCUGCAGAUAUAUAUUCUAGUCACGUGACAACAUUGUCUUAGACAUUCUAUAUGAGGAGUAAAGGCUGACUGGGCCUAAUAAAGGAAUACCUGCCGGAAACACCACACAAAUCAUCAUGAGGGAAAUUGUUCAUAUGCAGGCAGGCCAGUGUGGCAAUCAAAUUGGUGCCAAGUUCUGGGAGGUGAUAUCCGACGAACACGGUAUCGACCCUACAGGAACAUACCACGGUGACUCCGAUCUACAACUGGAGCGUAUCAAUGUCUACUUUAACGAGGCUACAGGUGGAAAAUAUGUUCCCCGCGCUACCCUCAUUGACCUUGAGCCGGGUACCAUGGAUUCCGUCCGGUCAGGGCCAUUCGGCCAGAUAUUUCGCCCCGACAACUUUGUGUUCGGCCAGAGUGGUGCCGGAAACAAUUGGGCCAAAGGUCACUACACAGAGGGCGCUGAGCUGAUCGACUCGGUUCUCGACGUCGUUCGGAAAGAGACCGAGAGUUGUGAUUGUGUCCAAGGUUUCCAGCUGACUCACUCCCUCGGUGGCGGUACGGGAGCCGGUAUGGGAACUCUGCUUAUCAGCAAAAUCCGGGAGGAGUACCCGGAUAGAAUCAUGAACACCUUUUCCGUAGUGCCGUCUCCAAAAGUAUCGGACACUGUGGUCGAGCCCUAUAACGCCACUCUCUCCGUCCACCAGCUCGUGGAGAACACGGACGAGACCUAUUGCAUUGACAAUGAAGCACUCUAUGAUAUUUGUUUUAGGACAUUAAAACUUACGACCCCCACGUACGGUGAUCUAAACCAUCUCAUUUCCGCCACCAUGUCCGGAGUGACAACAUGUCUAAGGUUCCCAGGCCAACUUAAUGCUGAUUUACGAAAGAUCGCUGUCAACAUGGUGCCAUUCCCUCGACUCCACUUCUUCAUGCCUGGAUUCGCUCCCCUUACCUCCAGAGGGAGCCAGCAGUAUCGUGCUCUGACAGUUCCAGAGUUGACACAGCAGAUAUUUGAUGCCAAGAACAUGAUGGCUGCCUGCGAUCCCCGUCACGGUCGCUACCUCACCGCCACAGCCUUGUUCAGGGGCAGGAUGUCCAUGAAAGAGGUAGAUGAACAGCUGUUGAACGUACAGAACAAGAACAGCAGCUAUUUCGUGGAGUGGAUUCCAAACAACAUCAAGACGGCAGUCUGCGACAUCCCACCACGUGGUCUCAAAAUGUCUGCUACAUUUGUCGGAAACACCACCGCCAUUCAGGAGUUAUUCAAACGUGUCUCCGAGCAAUUCACAGCCAUGUUCCGAAGAAAGGCUUUUCUUCAUUGGUACACUGGUGAGGGUAUGGACGAGAUGGAGUUCACAGAAGCCGAGUCCAACAUGAACGAUCUGGUGUCCGAGUACCAACAAUACCAGGAUGCCACCGCCGAUGAAGAAGGAGAGUUCGAGGAAGAGGAAGGAGAAGAGGAAGGCGCCUAACCAUUUAUUUACGAAACUAAGACUUAAUAAAA